AUGUCUCUUGUUCCUGAAAUGAACCUUUUAACAACUUCAGCAAAGAAGAGGAGGAUGAGUAUAUCAAAAGAUCAAAUAUGCACAUUAUUGCUUAAUACAUUGUCACCUGACAAUACAACGAUUCAACAGACAGAGGCACACUUAAAGGCGAUCGACAAACAACAAGGGUUCACAGGUGUACUCAUCGACAUUAUUCAAGAUAAACAAAAUAUACCUUCACAUGUUAGAUUGGUUGCUGCUGUUCAUUUAAAGAAUCAAAUUGCAAAUAAUUGGAAGAAUAAACCGUAUGAUAGAAAUGAGAAAAGAGAAAGAGAAACAGAGAUAGAGAAUAGAGUAAUGCUAACAUUUAUAUUUAUACUUUUUAGAGAUUUAAUAAUUAUAAAUGAUCAAGAUAAACAAGUUUAUAGAGAAAGAUUACUUUAUAUAUUAUCACAAUACGAACAAAUAGGAGAGGAAUCAAAAAUAGCUAGACAAUUAUCUAUUGCAAUAUCAAAGAUUGCACGUGUCGAUUAUCAUAAACAAUGGCCAACACUAUUUCAAGUACUAUUUGAGUAUCUUGAAAAGGGGAAUGAUCAUCAUAAAUUGACUGCCCUUCAAACUAUCAAAUACAUUGUCAAUGAAUUAUCAUCAAAAAGAAUGUCUGCUGAAAGAAAGGAAUUUUAUCAAGUAUCAAAUGAAUUAUUUAAAUUAUUUGGACCAAUUUGGAAUAAUUCAAUGAAUCAAUUACAAAAUACAGUAAAGAUGGUGUCGACAGUUGAAACAAUCGAACAAAGAAACAAUAUAUUUAUUCAACAAAACCAACAAACAUCGGUUGAAUUGUUGAUUGUAGUCUCCAAGAUAUUGAGACGUAUCAUCGAACAUGGAUUCACUCAAUAUCAAGAAAAUAAUGAUAUCUGUGAAUUCUUUAAUAAUCUAUUUAAUUAUUUAUCAAAUAUAUUAUCAUUUAGAAAAUCAAAUGGAAAUCAUAUAUUAAGAUUAAAAAUUGAUGAAUUAAUUAUAAUGAAUCAAAAGAUUAUAAUUAGAGCUCAAGCAAUGAAUCCAUUGACAUUUAUUAAAUUCCUAGUACCAUCACUCACCUAUUUUAAUAAUCAAAUCGUUGCCUAUACACCACCACAUUUACAAUUAACAGCCACCAUUCAACAACAACACCAAGAUGAACGUUCAUCCGAGGAAAGUUUAAUAACAUUUAAAACAUCAUUGGUACAAUCAUUAAUGUAUCUUAGAUCGAUUGUAGAUUGUAUUAGUUAUCAAACAGAGAUAUCUGAUCCCGAUGAAGAUGAAGGUGUUGCAUUGGGUAGUGUGGACGUGACAAACAAUAGUUCGGCAACACAUGUUGCACAGUCAAUGAUCAAACAGUUUUUCAAUUUCGAGAUGCUACAAGUACAUCUUCGAGCAUUGGUUUCAAACUUUUUAAUCAUCACUCCAGAGGAAUUACAGACUUGGCAAGACGAGCCUGAACAAUACAUCAUGCAGCUCGAUUCAGACUCUCACCAAUACGAAUUGAAACCAUGUGCAUACAACUUGUUUAUAUUGCUCAUGAAACAUUUCCACGAGAGUUGUGUACAAAUUGUGAUAGAGAUUGUAAAGUAUGCUAUGGAGUUGAGAGCUCCCUUGACAGAUCAACAAGUAUUACUUAAAGAGUCAUGCUACAUGACUAUUGGACUUGGAUACUAUAACUUGUACGAGGUGGUAGAGUUUGACAAACUCUUUCAAAGUGUGUUUUUAGCAGAGUUGCAAACUCCUGAUGCACGGUACAAGAUCCUUACACGUCGUGUGUGUUGGUUGUUAGGGUACUGGAUUCCCAAGAUUCCCGAGCAGUUGCGUGCACCUAUUGUAUCAAUCUUGCUAGAGUUGGUUAAUCACAAUGAUUUGGUGAUUGCACUAACUGGAGCUGACUCUCUCAAGGCAUACAUUGACGAUUACACAUUUGAGCUUGACACUUUCAAGCCAUACGUCAACCAGACUAUUCUUUCUUUGUUGGCAUUGUUCAAACGUUGCGAGGAAGUAGAGUCACAAACCAAGCUGUUAGAAGUACUCGGUGUCAUCUUUGUCCAACUCAACGAACAACUACGUCCAUACGUCGCCAGUAUUUUCCAUCUUUUUGGAGAGUCGUGGAGCAACGGUGAUGUAUCAUCCAUCCUCAAAAACUCGCUCAUUAGAUGCAUGACACUCUUUUUACAAGCGUGGAAUAGCAGUCCGGCUGAAUACGAGUCGUUCCUACUCGCUGUGAUCGAUCACGCCACCACACCUGGUUCAGAAGAAUCUGUAUUUUUGCUCGAGGAUGGUCUUGACCUGUGGCUCACCUAUAUCUGCCGUAUUGGUGUAACACAAACUAUAUCACCGCGUUUGUUACAAGUGUUCCGUAAUUUGGUGGGGACACUCUCUCAUACACUAGAGUUUGCAGAGACGUGCCUGCGUAUCCUCGACGCCUACCUGUUGAUUGGUCAGCAAGAGCUGUUGCAACAGUAUGGUAAAGACGUGGCACAAUGCUUCUUCCACCUGCUUGGUGACAUUCGUGACUCUUCUACAGUCCAUGUUGCACAGCCAAUCGACCGUGUACUGCAAAUGUUCCCAAACGACGGCUGCGUACUCCUCCAAUCAGUGUUGGCCAAGUUGUACACGCUCACUAUGGAUCCUGAAGAGCCCGGGUUGGCCAAAGUACAGUAUCUCACCGUCUUUGCACGUGUGUGUGUUGGUAACCCACUCUACCUCUUUUCCCUACUCGACGGUAUCGCUGCCCAUAAACAGCAACCCGUCCAAGACACUGUAAACCAAUUCUUUGACCAAUGGUUUGACAAUAUCGACUCGAUAUCAAACUCUGAUGCACGUAAACUCACUGCUAUUGCCUUGUGCAAUCUUAUCGCCACACCAAGAGCCGAAGUCAUUCCACAACUUUCACAAAUCAUCACUACCGUCGUAGGACUACGUCCCGAUAUUGACCCACCCAACAAUGACUUUUUCUCUGGUGGUGGAGAGUCUGCUGGAGGAUUCUCACUCGACGGGUUCUCACUCCCAGAGAGUGCCACUGAAAUACAAUUACGCAAGGUCCAACAAGUCGACCCCUUAAACAUUGUCGACCUAUCAACCUACCUCUACGAAAAAAUGAAAGAAGCUUCCAAUCGAUUGGGUGCCAAUGUUUUCCAAGCUGCCAUUCAAUCUAUGCAUCCUACUGUUUUACAAUUGGCUAUUCCACCGGUUAAUAAAUAA